AUGGCUGAAUUCGAUCCUUCAACUCACCCUCAUCGCCGGUAUAAUCCACUCUUAGACGAGUACAUCUUAGUCUCACCACACAGAACCAAACGGCCGUGGUUGGGACAAGUGGAACCUCCGCAAACGACGACGCUCCCAGUAUAUGAUGAUAAAUGCUACCUGUGUCCCGGAAACACGCGGUCAAAUGGCGAGCAGAAUCCCAAGUUCGAGGACACCUAUAUAUUCGAUAACGAUUUUGCGGCACUACUACCUCUACCUCUACCUGAGGCGCCUAAAUCACCGCAUCCACUCUUAACAACGCAACCAGUCCAUGGGGCUUGCGAUGUCCUAGUAUUCCAUCCACAACACAACCUCACCCUUGCGCAGCUCUCUGUGCAGGAGAUAGAGAAGAUUGUGCAAGCAUGGGAUGAAAUCUAUAAUCGUCGCGGGAGACAAGAAGGUAUCAGAUAUGUUCAGAUAUUUGAGAAUAAGGGAUCAAUGAUGGGCUGUUCGAAUCCUCAUCCACACGGGCAAACAUGGUCUACCUCGGCAGUCCCCACUAUACCAUCGAAGGAGCUUGCGGCACUGCGCCAAUAUUCACUGACCAACAAGCCAUCUGUUGAUGCUCCUCGAGGGCCCGACGCAGGGCGGGCGUGCAUGCUUUGCGAGUACGCCCACGUUGAAGUUAAGAUGGCUGAAGAAGGUCGGGUCGUCAUGAAGAACCAGCACUGGGUCGCCUUGGUGCCAUGGUGGGCUACAUGGCCGUUCGAGCUACUAGUUCUUCCAUACACUCGCCAUAUUCCGUCCAUCGCAGAUUUGACAGAUGCUGAGAUAACCAGCUUCGCGGAUAUACUUUCGAGCGCCACGAUCGUAUAUGACAACCUUUUCAGCUGCUCCUUUGCGUAUUCCAUGGGGAUCCACCAGCGCCCUGUCCCGGAUGCACAGGAUGAUGUAGCCCACUUGCACUUGCACUUCGCGCCACCGUUGCUUCGCAGCGCGAGUGUUCGCAAGUUCUUGGUCGGAUUUGAGUUGAUGGCAGAAGCUCAGCGUGAUCUGACGCCCGAGCAGGGUGCCGCUCGUUUACGCGCUUGCUCUAGAAUCCACUAUCUUAGCCAGUGA